AUGGAUGUUCUCUCUUGGGGACUAAACUGCUUCCAGAAAUGUUUGCCCUCAGUAAGACCCCUCUGUGCUUCCAGCCCUUCCAGCCUUCCUGUGGAAUACCAGUCCUUUCAAGAUGUUUUCAGUAAGCAUGGGGCGGACACCUUGCCUCCUCAUUGCACUUGGGACUGUCCCAUUGAUCUGGUACCAGAACUGUUCGACCGUGUUAAAGGAGCUACUGUGUUCUCCAAAUUGUACUUACGAGGGGCCUACAAUCUUAUACGUAUUCGCCCAGGUGACAAAUGGAAGACGGCAUUUAAUACCUGCGACGGGCAUUACGAAUACCUGGUAAUGCCUUUCGGCCUGUGUAACGCCCCAGCUGUCUUUCAAGCAUUCGUUAACAAAAUUUUUAGAGACCUCCUUUAUGACUGCCUGAUGGUGUAUUUGGAUGACAUCCUCAUCUUUUCUAGGGAUCUGAAGACCCAUCGAGAUCAAGUCAAAGAGGUUCUUACUCGUUUACAGAGGAAUCAGUUAUUCUUUCCUGACUUCCAGCUUCUGCCUACCCUCGAGGUUCCUGCCGCAGAAUCAGCACUUCAACAAUUUACCAAAACCUGGAGACAAGUUCACAAGACCUUGCUUAAGACAUCUAAGAGGUAUAAGAUCUAUGCAGAUCUGAAGCGAAGAGCUGUACCAAGCCUUAAGGUGGGAGAUCGGGUUUGGGUUUCCACACUUCCGCAGUUCAUUAAUUACAACCUCGUCUUUCAAGCCACAACCCGCAGUUCCUUGUCUACAACUACAUCUUUAAGUCAUCGUUCACCAGCCACAGUUCUCAACCUCAGCCCUGUCCACAAGAACUACAACCCACUAACUCUUAUCCCCACCUAUGCUCUUCAUUGCCCCAUGGCCUAUGAGAAGGAACUAUAUCCAACCCCCUCGUUUUGUUCACCCACAGACAGCUACCUCCUUGGUCACACAGGUGAGAAGCUAUUUUCUUGCUCUGAGUGCGGGAAAUGUUUUACAUGGAAAUCACAUCUUGUUGACCAUCACAGAAGUCACGCGGGUGAGAAGGCAUUUCCAUGUUCUGAGUGUGGGAAAUGUUUUACACGGAAAUCAGAUCUUGUUAGACAUCACAGAAGUCACACAGGUGAGAAGCCAUUUCCAUGUUCUGAGUGUGGGAAAUGUUUUGCACAGAAAUUAUAUCUUGUUAUACAUCACAGAAGUCACACAGGUGAGAAGCUAUUUUCUUGCUCUGAGUGCGGGAAAUGUUUUACACGGAAAUCAGAUCUUGUUAGACAUCACAGAAGUCACACAGGUGAGAAGCUAUUUCCAUGUUCUGAGUGUGGGAAAUGUUUUGCACAGAAAUUAUAUCUUGUUAUACAUCAGAGAAGUCACACAGGUGAGAAGCCAUUUUCUUGCUCUGAGUGCGGGAAAUGUUUUACACAGAAAUCACAUCUUGUUACACAUCAGCAAAGUCACACAGAUGAGAAGGCAUUUCCAUGUUCUGAGUGUGGGAAAUGUUUUGCACAAAAAUCAGAUCUUGUUAUACAUUACAGAAGUCACACAGGUGAGAAGCUGUUUUCUUGCUCUGAGUGCGGGAAAUGUUUUACACGGAAAUCAGAUCUUGUUGGACAUCACAGAAGUCACACAGGUGAGAAGCCAUUUUCUUGCUCUGAGUGCGGGAAAUGUUUUACACGGAAAUCAGAUCUUGUUGGACAUCACAGAAGUCACACAGGUGAGAAGGCAUUUCCAUGUUCUGAGUGUGGGAAAUGUUUUACACGGAAAUCAUAUCUUGUUAUUCAUCAGAGACGUCACACAGGUGAGAAACCAUUUCCAUGUUCUGAGUGUGGGAAAUGUUUUACACGGAAGUCAGAUCUUGUUAUACAUCACAGAAGUCACACAGGUGAGAAACCAUUUCCAUGUUCUGAGUGUGGGAAAUGUUUUACACACAAAUCACAUCUUGUUACACAUCAGAGAAGUCACACACGUGAGAAGCCAUUUCCAUGUUCUGAGUGUGGGAAAUGUUUUGCACACAAAUCAUAUCUUGUUAUACAUCACAGAAGUCACACAGGUGAGAAGCCAUUUUCUUGCUCUGAGUGCGGGAAAUGUUUUACAAGGAAAUCAGAUCUUGCUAGACAUCACAGAAGUCACACAGGUGAGAAGGCAUUUCCAUGUUCUGAGUGCGGAAAAUGUUUUACACAA